AGUUUAUUUUUCUUAUCAAAAUACUGUAACUUUUUACUCUAAAUACCGAUAAUUUUUAUCGUCUUUCAUUCCUAUAUUAAAAUCGUUCACAGUUUACUUAGUGCCCUGCGUACAUCAAGAUCUAUUAGUUGAAUAUCUUUUUUUUUUUAUUUUAAUGGCAAUGGAACUUACGACAAGAUUUCGUAGUUUUCACCGGCUUUUUCAAAAACCACUUGGAAUAGUAUCAUACCAAAGGUGUUCUCAUACUGUUCCAAAAGAAAACCCCAAUCCUGAUUUAUUGAAUUCAUUCAAUCAAGAUAUUAAAGCUGGUGGAGUUGUGCCAGUAUUCCGUAGGGCACUAUUGUUUCCAUCGAGAGUUGCCGUGCAGGAUGAACAGGGAUCAUACACAUAUGCAGGGUUAUACCAAGCUGCCAAUGAACUCAGUCAGGAUAUUGCAGCCCAACUUUUGGGCGAAAAAGAAAGGACAAUUUCAUACAUGUGUGGUAACAAUGCCUCACAUAUCAUCGUACAAUGGGCCAUCUGGAUGACAGGAAACAUUGCUGUCCCAUUAACACCAAUCCACCCACCAGACAUGCUUAAAUAUUUCAUCAGCGACAGUGAUUCCAGCCUCAUCAUAUGUACUCAAGAACAUGAAGACUUGCUCCGUCCUAUAGUUCAGGAAUUCUCGAAGCCGCUAUUGGUAUCAAAUAGAGUUAAAAAUGAUAAAGAAGAUAUACCAGAUAGUUGGAAGCCGGAAGCUGGUUUGAGCGAAGCAGGACCGAAUAACCGGUGGUAUGGGGGAAAGGACGCUAUGUUGAUCUAUACAAGUGGUACAACAAGCAAGCCCAAAGGCGUAGUGUGGACUCACAGCAUGCUGAGUACCCAGAUCGCAGCGCUGCAUACAGCCUGGCAGUAUUCAGCGCACGAUGUUGUGUUGCACACAUUGCCGCUGCAUCACAUACACGGGCAGCUCAAUUCGUUGAACGCGUCUCUGGCUGCUGGAGCUAAAGUGCGCAUGCUGGCGUCGUUCGCAUCGCACGCGGUGUGGGCGCAGCUGGUGGGCGCGGCGGAGGCGCGCGUGUCCGUGUUCCACGGCGUGCCCGCCAUGUACGCGCGCCUCGCCGCCGACCACGCCAACAUGUUCACGGAUGACAAGACCAAAGAGUACGUGAGGUCUACUCUCAGUAAGAUGCGGCUCAUGUGCGCGGGGUCCGCGCCGCUGCCCGAGACGCUGUUCAACAAAUGGGAGGAGAUAUCCGGCAUCCGGCUGCUCGAGCGGUACGGCAUGUCGGAAGUGGGCAUGGCGCUCAGCAACCCGUACCGGCCGGCGGGCGCGCGCGCGGUGGGCCGCGUGGGCGCGCCGCUGCCGGGCGUGGCCGCCCGCAUCGCGCUCGCGGCCGGCGCCCGCCUCGAGCCCCUGCUCACUGUGGACUGCGAUGUGCCCGACACGCAGAUUAAUCUAGAUCGAUUGGGCUUCACAAAGAAUACUCCAGAAGAGAAUAAUUGGAAACCGGCCAAAGUCACCGUGCACAAGGAAAGCGAAAAUGGUGUCUAUGAAGGAGAACUGCUUCUGAAGGGACCUAAUGUAUUUACAAGGUACUGGAACCGAGCGCCGAGCCUAACCUCGUCGGAUUUCACAGAAGACGGCUGGUUCAGAACCGGAGACAUCGCGUCCUACUCCGAAGGGUCCUUCCGUAUCAUGGGCAGGUCCUCUGUGGACAUCAUCAAGACAAGCGGCUACAAAGUCAGCGCCCUGCAAGUGGAAUCGGCCAUACUGGAACACCCCAAUAUAGCUGACGCCGCCGUUCUGGGCAUUGAGGACGAGAAUUAUGGUGAAAUCAUCGCCUCCGUGGUGGUCACCAAGGACAAGAAGGAAAUAACCCUGAAGGAGUUGAGGGAAGUCGCUGGGAAGAAGCUGGCGCCGUAUCAGUUGCCCAGGACCCUGCUGGUGGUGGAAACUAUGCCGAGGAACGUUAUGGGGAAAUUGGAUAAGAAGGAAAUUAAAAGAUUGUUCGGGAAACAGCUGGUGUAUAAGAAGUCUUAAAUGCGUGAUGAAUUUGAGUUUUGAAGUAAUGAAACGGAACAGGUUUUUGAAUUUAAUAAUGUAUAUAAAUCUUCGUUUUGAAAUGGCUCUGACGCCGGCAGUUCCUAACGUGCGCAAUACAAUAGUAAAUUUUUAUAUAUGGCAAUACAAUAAUAUAUUAUAAAUGUAUAUGAGAAAUUAUUUAUUGAAUAUAACUUGAAUUUGAAUGCAGUUUAACGUGACAAAUUUAAUUAAUUGAAAAUUGUAUUGUUUUAAUAAAUAUGCAUGUUAUAUUUUCUUCUACUAUUUUUGAAUGAUAAAAAUUAAAGAAGAAAUUUAAUUACGUAACACCUUAUCAUUAGUACACGCUUUGUUAUCUAUGCUUUUAUCAUUUGUACUUAUAAAGCUGUAUAUACAUUAAACCAUUGAAUGGUCUACAUUUGCCAAGAUGGUUUUCGAAUAUGUAUCUUAUAGUGUUACACGUUAUUUUGAUUAAAGUGUAUAUAAUAUUUAUUUAACUUGUUAAAUCAUCAGGUCUUAAACAAUAUUAGGAACAUGUUGCUCAAAAUAUCACAUCAAUGUAAGUAUUACAGUACAUUCGCAUAAUAUUUAAUGUGUAUAUAUUAAAAUAUAGCAUCAUUACUCCAUUUUUGGAGCAGAUUGUACAAUAAUUUUGCAUAAAAAUCAGUACAUUAAUAUAAUUGUAUAGAUAAAUAUAGUCAAAAUGUAUUGACCAAUUAAAUACUUUGUUGUAUACUUUAGAGUAACUAUGUUAAUAUAGCGGAGAGUAAAUGUUGUCUCAUUCUAACAAAUUAGCAUUUCCGAGCGAGAAAAUAUAUUUCUUAUUUCUUCUCGCUUAUUAUUUCCACGUUUGUCUCUGUCUGUAAUUAAGAAAUAUUUAAGGCCUGAAUCAUAUAGUUAUUGAUUUGUUGAA